AUGCACCGCAAGUCGAUUGAAGCGGCGGACCAGCUGAAAGAUGACAACACUGUAUGCAGCGGUGCCAGCCAAAAGAGUGACAAGGAGGAAGACGAGGACGACGAAGAGGACGACGAAGAUGACGACGAGGAGAACCACCCCUGCAAGAGGCCGGCCAGGACGAGUCCGGAGACUGCGACGGACAUGUCGUCGCCACAGCGGCAUCAACAUCAGCAGCAGCAGCAGCAGCAACAACAACAAGACGCUGCAAUGGAGCAACACCACGCGGCCGUUAUGCAGCUGGCCGCCAACCGGGCACAGGACUCAGAAGAGUUCCGGAACAACAGCAUCGCGUGCCUCAGRGCCAAGGCGCAGGAGCACAGCGCCAAGAUACUCAGCCUGUCGGCGGACGCCCUCAUGUUGGUCAACAACAACGGCGGCGGAUUUCGCAGCCGGAACGCUGCAACCGCUGUAGCCGUGGCUGCGGCCGCUGCGGCAGCCGCCGAUGUGGCCAUGGCGUCGUCCGGUGGUGGCCAAAUGUUGGCUGACUGCGACGCCAACGCCAACAACGUGAGGGGCGUGAACCACCACCAACAGCAACAGGCGGUCGGCUCGGACAUAAUGGUCACGUCUUCCGACACAUCGUCGUCAAUGUUCUAA